CAGCUAGCCAUUGAAUUACCUUUGCCUUGAAGCUUGGCCUUGGAUUAACGGUACAGCAAGAGAAAUAUCUACGAAAAUGAGUGCAAGUGCAGAGCAAGAGGAUUUUGAGGCACAAGUGACUGACUCUAUCCUAGAUGAAGAAGACGACAAGGUCCAGAAAACAGCUGACAAAGCAAUAGGCAGGUCCAGGUCUCGAUCCACCAGCAAGCAUAAAAGUAAAUCGUAUCGUUCCAGGUCAAGAUCCAGGUCUAGGUCUAGGUCCAGAUCCCGGUCUUAUUCAAGAUCAAGGCGUAGGAGGCAUCGUUCUCGCAGUCAUGAUCGACAUGACCGUUAUGGAGGUCGACAUAGAUCCUCUCGCUAUAGAGAAGGUAGAAGCCAUAGUCGUUCCCCAAUGUCCAACAGACGUCGUCACCAUGGAGACAGGGAAAAUCCCAAAGAAUCGUCCUGCCUUGGUGUGUUUGGACUCAGCCUGUACACGACAGAACGUGACCUGAGGGAUGUGUAUGAACACUACGGAACUCUGACCAAUGUCAAUGUUGUCUAUGAUCAUCAGACUGGAAGAUCAAGAGGUUUUGCAUUUGUGAUGUUCACAAGCACAUCUGAUGCACGGGAGGCUCGUGAGAGUACAAACGGAAUUGAAGUAGACGGUCGUCGCAUCCGGGUAGAUUACUCUAUCACCGAGAGGGCUCAUACUCCUACACCAGGGGUCUACAUGGGAAGGCCUACAGGAAACAAGCGAGAUAGGGAACGGAGUUACCACCAGAGGGGGUACCAUCGCUCCCCAUCACCACACUACUACCGACGGUCCCCAUCCCCGUACUACAGACGUAGCCCUUCACCGCACUACUACCGCCGCUCACCGUCCCCUUAUUACCGUCAUCACCACCACCACAGCAGUAGUAGCAGGAGACACAGCUAUUACCCCAGGGAUCGUUCUUUCUCGCCAAGUCGAUACUAACAACAAAGAGCACUUUCUGCAUUCUGCAUUGACCAAGCUUUAUCAUCUUGUGUUUUGUAAACUUAUUCAUUUUAGUAACGUCUUAUGAUUUUUUUAAUCCAUUGUUCUUAAUCCUUCAUCCUCCAAUUAAGGGAUCAUCUUAAAAUAUCAAGUAAUUCAUAUCCAUAUUAAGUGAUCAUCUCAGAUUACAAACUCAAGUUUCGGUUAUACAUUUUACAGUCAUAAUGGCCCUUAUUCAGAACUCUGGUGUGACUCAAAUCACGGUGUUAUGUUAUGGUUUGUCUAUGGGUAGCCAAAUAGGGUGUUAUGGUUUAUCUAUGGGUAACCAAAUAGGAUGCAAAUUUCCAUUACUGUAUGUAAUUUAUUAUCAUAUUUGCCACUCAAAGCAUUACAAACCAGUUCAAAAUGGUCAGAAAGAAUAUUUUUCUUCACCAUAAAAACAGUGGAUAGUUCCCAGUAAACUCACAAGAAGCUCUGAUAGAUUCUCACACUGUGGUUUAGGUUAAUCUGGAGUACUCAAUAUGGGCCUAUUGAUUUAUAUUUUAGUUUUAUAUACAGACCUGGGCUCCGUAACACAAAGGUUUGCGAUGAAUCGCAAAUAUGAAAGAACCGCAGUGAUUGGUCCCUGGUCAGUAUUUUAAACCUAAUGGGCGUGUAACAUUGAUAUUGAUUGGUCAGUUCAUAUAGCGAUUGAUCGCUAAUCUUUGUGUUACAGAACCCUGUAUAUAUUUUUUUUCACCUCAGAUGCAUUGAUAUUUUUAUCUAUUUUACACAAGUCCUAAAACCUUCCCAGAUUUUUCAGUUUGCUGAUUUUGUAAUUACAAUAAUUGAUCUCAUUCUCUAUAUCUUCAUAUUGUGUGCCAAUUUGUUUGAUAACAAUUUAGUCUGACCCAUGUUAUGCAGUUACAUGGACUAAAUGUAGACCAAAUUGGGAUUAAGUAGAUUAGCAAAGCCUGCAUUGGAAUCAUAGAAGAUGCUGAAGGGGAUUAGUGGUGAUCUGUUUCUAAUCAAUUUCUCUGUUUUAUUUCUCCAUCUAUUGAAUUCAGAUUGGGAGAACAAGAUGUGAUCUCAAGUCAGAAUAAGAAGAUAAAUAAUAUUUAGAAGAAUUGAAGAACAAUCAAGAAAAGGUUUUAAGAAGACAAAGAAAGUCAUUCAACCGAAGAAUUUUGGCAUUUUCUUAGAAGAGGAGAUUUUACCGUUGAAGAGAGCAGGAUAUGGUAUCAAUUAAAAAAAAAGAUUGACAAAAAUCUUAGAUUUGAAGAACAAUCAAGAAAAAAUGUUUGAGGAUGAUAAAAGGAAUCAUUAAAACUGAAGAAUUUUGGCAUUUCUUCAGAAGAGAAGAUAUUUUAUUUUUGAAGAGCAGGAUGUGAUAUAAAUUCAGAAAAAGAUUGUGAAAAUAUAGAAGAUUUGGAGAAGAACUAAGAAAAAAUUAUUUGAGAAGAUGAAGAAAGGAGUCAUUAAACCUGAAGAAUUAUGGCAUUGUUUUCGGAAGAGAAGAUAUUUACUGAUGGAAGAAAUGAACAAGAAAUGCACUGCAAUCAAGAUAUAUGAAAAGAAGAUUUUUAAACCUCAACCGGAAUCUGCCAGAGCUUAGAAGAUUCUUAAAUGCAAAUAUAAAAAUUUAAAUCUGAAGAAAAUGAAGGUCGGUCAUGUCAAGAAGAUGUUUUCAGAAAUUUUCAAGAUGAUUUUCAUUCUUACGAAGAGUAGAAGAUGGAAAUUACCAAACGAAUUUGAAGAUGAAGAUCACCAAUAAAAAAGGGAAGAUUACCCAACAUGAGAUUGAUAUGAUCUAAAGCAUCACUCAUUAAAGCUGCAAUUGAGAAGUAAGAAGUUAUCAAAAGAAGUUAGAAUGAUAAGAUACACAGUGAAGUUAAGAAGAUGUUUGAGUUCAUCUGGUUCAAGAUGAAGUUUGGAGAUGACAAGGUCCAAGUUAAUAGGUUGAAGGUUAUAUGGUUCAAGAUGAAGUUAUGAGAUUGAAGAUUUACUGGUAGAAGAUGAAAGCACAAUGUUGAAGAUUAUCUGGCACAUGAUGAUCUCAUGCAAGAUGUAAUUAAGAAGUUGAAGAUCAUAAGAUACCAUAUGGAGUAAACUAAAAGUUCAAGAUCAUCUUUCUGGUACAUAGUGAAGAUAAGAAAUUGAAGAUUUCUGAUACAAGUUAUAUUAAGAUGAUGAAGUUUAUCUGAGGUUGAAGAUCAUAAGAUUGAAGAUGAUGUUAAGCCGUACGAUGUUGAGAAGUCAAAGAUUAUCUUGUAGAAGACUAGCUUAAGAAGUCAAAGCCAACCUUGCACAAGGUGAAGUUAAGAAGUUGGAAUGUUUUCUAGCUAGAAGUGAAAUCUUAAGGCUGAAGAAUGUCUGUCAAAAGAUGAAGUUAAGAGGUUGGAUGCAAGAUGUAAUUAAGAAGUUGAAGAUCAAAAGAUACAAGAUCAAGAAACUUGUUGAAGAUUCUCUUAUUCAAGAUGAAGUUAGAUAUGUUGGAGAUUAUGAACUAUGGGAUGGAGUAUAGAAGUUGAAGAUCAUCUGAGAAGUUAAAGAUCUUUUGGUUGAAGACAUUUUGAAGAAGGUUGAGAAAUGUUUAAGGAUGCAAGAAGAA